AUGGCACACAAUCCUUGGGCUAAAAGAGAUGCUUGGAGAUACGAGGGUCAAUUUACUCGUUACAACAGAUUUAAGAAUACUUUACCAGGAUUAGGUAUUGGUACCGCUGCAUUUCUCUCCUACUGGGCUUAUGAACAUUUCAUCUUAAAGAAAGGUCAUGAUGAACAUGGACAUCACUAA